UUUUAUUUAUUUUUUCUGGUGAAACCUCUCUUUCUCGAAACCACUAAUAUUAGGGUUUUCUGGGUUUGAGACGACGAUCUAAUCCAAUUAGGUUUAUUCAUUUUUUUGCGUUGCAAUUUUAUUGAAUUAUGGAGAAGUGAAUUUUGCGGGUUUUUUGGAAGGUGGAAUUGGCUAAUUUAUAUUGGAGGUCAAGAUAUGGCUGACUUUGAUGAAUAUAUGGCUGAUGAGUAUGACAUGGAUGAUCUCGAGGAUGAUAUGAAUGCUGAGUUUGAUGGAAGAGAUAUCGAUGCUUCUUCUGAUUCUGAAGUCGAAGAUUUCGACCAAUUGAACAAGGCUGCAGAUACUUCUGCUGCACAAGCACGAAAUGGGAAGGAUAUUCAGGGUAUACCGUGGGAUAGACUUAACACUACUAGAAAAGAGUACAGAAAAACUAGGCUAGAACAGUAUAAAAACUAUGAAAAUAUACCCAAUUCGGGUGAGGAAUCUGCGAAGAAAUGUAUGAAUACUGAGAAAGGCAGCUCUUUCUAUGAGUUCAGGAGGAAUUCUAGAUCAGUGAGAUCAACAAUUCUCCAUUUUCAGUUGAGGAAUUUGGUUUGGGCUACCUCAAAACAUGAUGUUUAUCUAUUGUCCAACUACUCCAUCAGCCACUGGUCUUCUUUGACAGGUUGUAGGAAUGAAAUUCUUAACGUUAAAGGUCAUGUGGCUCCGUCUGAGAAACAUCCUGAGAGUCUGUUGGAAGGAUUUACAGAGACUCAAGUUAGCACUCUUGCAGUAAAAGAUAGGCUGCUAGUUGCUGGUGGAUUUCAAGGAGAAAUCAUUUGCAAGCAUCUCGAUAGACCUGGUGUGAGCUUCUGCUCACGCACAACUUAUACCGAAAACGCUAUCACCAAUGCAGUAGAUAUAUAUAGAAACUCCAGUGGCGCACUUCAUUUCAUGGCCUCAAAUAAUGACUGUGGAGUCAGAGACUUUGACAUGGAGAGAUAUAAGCUUGUCCAACUCUUCCGUUAUCUAUGGCCCGUCAAUCAUAGCUCCGUAAGUCCUGAUGGGAAACUAGUAGCAGUCGUUGGAGAUGACCCAGAUGGUCUACUGGUAGACGCAAGCAACGGACAGACAAUCGGGACGCUAAAAGGUCACUUAGAUUAUUCAUUUGCAUCAGCUUGGCAUCCAAACGGUGUAACAUUUGCCACAGGAAACCAAGACAAGACCUGCCGUAUUUGGGACACAAGGAAACUCUCGGAAUCAGUCGCUGUCCUAAAAGGUAACCUCGGAGCCGUUCGAUCCAUUAGGUUCACAUCUGACGGACGGUACGUUGCAAUGGCGGAGCCAGCUGAUUUCGUCCAUAUCUAUGACAUAAAAGCAGGCUACAAAAAGGAGCAAGAGAUUGAUUUCUUUGGAGAGAUUUCUGGGAUUUCGUUUAGUCCAGAUACUGAAUCUCUCUUCAUCGGUGUUUGGGACCGGACUUAUGGAAGUCUCUUGGAGUAUGGUCGAGCUAGAGACUACACUUAUCUCGAUUCAUUACUUUGAUGGAAAACGAAGCUUAAGCCUAAAAAAAACUUACAUAAAAGUAAUCUAUUCAUAACCAUACCCACAAAGAGAAAAAAGAGAGACCAUGGUUCGAUUCAUAAGCUGUUCAUUUGUGUAAUUUGUUGUGCUUUUAAAAAUGUACAUUUUCCAUGAACUUGGGAAUUUGUCUUGGGAUCAUAAGUCAAACCUCAAUCCCUUCGAAAAUCUUCUAGAUUUGGUUCGAAGAUUUUUAACCAAAAAAAGGGAAGAGUCAUAUAUUUUGGCCCAUUAUUUAUGGCCAAAAGCAUCAUCAAUUCAAUUGCAUAUCGUUACGAGAAUA